AUGUCCGGAAUCAACAUCUGGGCGCCCCCCAUCUGGGUGCUCCUGCAGGCCAAAGACGGCCAAAUCGCUCCGUCGCAAGCUGCCAUCGAUGCCAAAGCCGUCGGCCUCGAUUUGAUCGCGUGGUCGCGGGAACGGUCGGGGUUUAUGACCAACCCGCACCAUGGAGGAUGGUACUACCAGACGUUGAACUCGAUCAUCACGCGCGAGUCAGAUAUCCUCGUGGCACUGCAUGUGCUAGCCAAGACGUUGGCCUCCAAGGUAUCUUUACCGACUGGCCAGGCACGGUCAC